GGCAAGGUGGAGGCCGAGCUGCACCUGCUGACAGUGGAGGAGGCGGAGAAAUCCCCCGCGGGGCUGGCCCGCAACGAGCCCGACCCGCUGGAGAAACCCAACCGCCCCGACACUAGCUUCAUCUGGUUCCUGAACCCCCUGAAGUCCAUCCGUUACUUCAUCUGGCACACGUACCGCUGGUUCCUCCUGAAACUCCUCCUCCUCCUCCUUGUGCUCCUCCUGGUCGGCCUCUUCCUCUAUUCC